AUGGUGGAGCGGAGGAUGAACUCCUUAGUGAAAUGGGCGCUCGUCCUCUUCGUCCUCGUCUCCAUCAUCCUCAACAUCGUCCUGAUCGGCAUCCACUCCAGCAGGGCGCCCAAAUGCUCCGCGCAGCGCGUCCACCCGCUGAGGCGCAAACACGACGAGCGCAGCAGCCUCGUGUUCUCCGACCUCACCCUGGAGGAGUACAACCAGGUCCAGAAAUACAUGCUCCAGCAGAAACCCUUGAACAUCUCCACCAGAAUCCUCACCGAGCCGUCGGAGAACUUCUUGUUUCUAAUAGAGCGAUGUCUGCCCAAGAAAGCGGACGCGCUGCUUUACUUGGACGAGAAAGACGCCAGUUGUCCGGUUAGAGAGGCGACCGUGGUGGUCUUCUACGGUGCCCUAGGACUCAUUAAGGAGUACGUAGUGGGGCCUCUUCCAGACCCGAAAUACCACAAAGAUGUCACCAUGGAGAGGUACCACAUGGAUCUGCCUAUGACUGCGCGCACCGUCACCGUGGGCGAAUACAAUCUGCUUUUCCAUUUGUUCCAGAAGACCUGCGCCAAGAUGGAGAAGCUCAUGAAGGAGAGCUUCGACGUGGAUGUGAAGAAGAAUAAGCUGAACCCGUUCGAGCAGAUGCCCCGGGGAGUCCGCUCCGGAGACAGAAAGACCUGGGUGGCCUUCUUCAGGGACAUGAGCGGCAUGUACCUGCACCCGGUGGGCUUCGAGAUGCAGAUUAACCACGAGAGCCUGAACGCGUCACAGUGGACGGUGGAGCGGCUGCUUUAUAACGGAAAAUACUUCGACACGGUGGAAGAACUCGUGCGUAAAUACGACACGGGAGAAGUUGAGAAGAUAGUUUACAAAGAGUCGCCUGAUUAUGGUUCACUGAAACCAAAAAACAAGCCUUUGCAGGUCGGCCCGCAGCAGUUUUACGCAGAAGGUAAGCGCUUCAGCGUCCACAACAACCACGUCCUCUACCUGGACUGGAGCUUCUCCUUCGGGCUCAGCUCGCUCACCGGCAUGCGCGUGUUCGACGUGCGUUUUAAAGACGAGAGGAUAAUAUACGAGCUGAGCGUGCAGGAGGCCAUGUCGGUGUACGGUUCGGUGACUCCCGGGAUGAUGCUGACUAAGUUUUUGGACUCGAGUAUCGGCAUAGGGCGCUUCGCACACGAGCUGGUCCGCGGUGUGGACUGCCCCAUCCAGGCCACCUACGUGGACACGUACCGGUACAUAGAUGUGGACGCUCCGGUGAGGUUUAGGAAUUCAAUCUGCGUGUUCGAGCACAACAUGGGUCAGCCCCUGAGGAGGCACUUCGCGGACUUUUUCCACAACAGCUACGGGGGGAUGGUGAACAGCGCGCUGGUGUUCAGGACGAUCACGGCUAUUGGAAACUACGACUACAUGUGGGAUUUCAUCUUCUACCAGAGCGGGUCGGUGGAGGCUAAGGUGCACGCCACAGGCUACAUCUCCUCUUCUUACCUGGUGGACGGGAGUCUGAAACACGGAAACCAGGUGGCGGACAAGGUGCUGGGGAACAUCCACACCCACUUUCUCAACUUCAAGGUGGACCUAGACGUGUUGGGAGUGAAGAAUUUUUUCCAGACAAAAGACAUGGAAUAUGUCAAUAUGUCGCUGCCGUGGAUGCCUGAUCACUCAGCUAUGGUCCCUCAGCUGGUGGAAAAGCAACUGAAAACAGAACAGGAGGCAGCUCUGCGCUACGGCACCAAGACUCCUCGCUACCUCCACAUCGCCAGCAACAAGACCAACAAAUGGGGUCACCAGCGCUCCUACAGGCUGCAGGUGUUGAGCUUCACAGGGGACCACCUCCCAGAGAGCCAGCCCGAUGAAAGGGCCAUGUCCUGGGCCAGGUAUAAGGUUGCCAUCACCAAGCAUAAGGACUUAGAGCAGACCAGCAGCAGUCUAUACAAUCAAGCCGACAUGUGGACUCCAGCUGUCGACUUCAGCAAGUACAUUGCAGACGACGAAAGCAUCGAAGACGAGGACCUGGUUGCCUGGGUGACCACCGGCUUCCUCCACAUCCCCCACUCCGAGGACAUCCCCAACACGGUAACCGUGGGCAACGGGGGCGGGGUCCUGCUGCGACCCCACAACUACUUUGAAGGGGACCCGUCCAUCCACUCUGCUGAUGCGGUGUACAUUGCCCCGGACAGCGCGGACAGCUGUGAAAACAAUAGGAUGGCCUGCAUUGCUAAAGAGACCUGCAGCCCCGUCUUUGAACCAUUCACCUACCACGGCUUCGAAGGAGUCAUGUCGUUUGACUAGGUGUUAGCCCUGAUGAACUCAGAGGUAUGCUUGGGUUUUUUUUUGUCGAUCUAUCAAGAAGCUUGCGUCAAUGUUAUCAUGUUUAUAGAGGCAGUUUGGGACAGCAGAUUAUUUGUGUUUAAGAGGAACAGUGUGUAGUGUAAAACAAGGCCCACCUAAACAAAAUCUAUAUUAGUUUAAGUGUAUGCUAUAUUUAGAAUAUUUUCCGGCAGGGAAUUGAACUGAGAGUGAAACUUAUCGAUAGUGUUUUUGUCAACGGAGUGCUGGCUUUGAAGAGAGCAUAUAUAACUUUCACUCUCAGUUCAAUUCCCAAUCGGAAAGGGCUGUCUGACGGCAAGAUAAAGCGGUGAAAAUAUUCUAAAUAUAGCGUACACUUUCGGUGGGCCUUUCUUUUAAGUUGCUAAAAUACGUUUAGCUGCUGCCGCCGUACACAGCAGCACAUUGCUUCGAUCCUGCGUUGGUACUCCUGCCUGUUUCUCCAAAUUGGGGGCAUGCUGUUGAUGUCAGACGCUGUCUGCUGUCGGUAAUACACUGACUAUGGAUAAGUACCUAGUGCAGUGAAAUAAUCCUAACUAUCAGCAGUCUAAGAACGUAGUAACAACAAGUGCCUUGCCUGAUGACAUUUCAUUACCUUUACAAACUACCCUCAACUUACCUGCAAUCAGGUCACUAGCACUUUGCAACUUGGAUCACUGAAAAAUCACUCUCAUUUAUAAGGAUGCUGUUAUUCUAUAGUUUUCUUAUUGUCAACAAAUUCCACCAGACCUCUCAUUACAUUCUCCAUAUCCUCAAACCCAAGCCCAUCGGUUCCUACUCAAAACACAAAACUAUUAUAUAUAUAUUUUUUUUAAAAAGGCUCAGGAAUUUCCUAAAACAGCUGGUCACUGUAGUUUCCAGCAAACAUUAACCACACUGGAGAAAAUAGUGCAUUUAAUGAGGACUAUUUUCAGUUGGUGAUUAAUCCACAUCUGGUGCUCCAGUUUGUGGCAGCAGAACGGUGCAGGUGGGAUUGAGUCAAACUAAACUAAAGUGUGUGUGUUCAUGGUAAUGAAGGAACAUGUCAGCCAGCGUGGCUCACUGAUGUGUUUUUAAUAAAUGGAGCUCUAUGGCACAGAGGAAGAAGAUAUAUCAAACUUUGGAUAAACACACAAUAAUUGUUAGUAGGAUCACUCCAUUGUUGGUUUCUGUCUGGACAUGGGGUUUGUUGGGGGACUUGUUGAUAAUAACAAAAAUAUAAAGUAUCACCAGACUUAUACUUUAAACUGAAUGAAAUGUCUCCGAUCAAUGCCAUAAAGCAUUGAGCUAAUAACAUACAGCAACUGUUUCAAUAUAUAGUGAAUAUAAUUGAAGAUGGUGGACAUAGUAAACAUUAUACCUGCUUAGCAAGUUAGCAUUUUGCUCAGUGAACCACUGUGCAGCCUCAGAGAGCCAGUAGCAUGGCUGUAGACUCUUACGGCGGGUUCACGUCAGGAAACGGAAGCACUGUGAAGCGUGGCGAUUUUUCGGAGAAACGUUGCCUUUAAGCGUUCUUUUUGCGCCCAAGUAAAUCAGUUGAGCUACUCAUCUUGCCAUGCUCGCGAUCCUCAGCAAUAGUCGGCGUCUGGUCUAUUUUCUGCGUGCCGCGAGGUGAUUCUGACAAGAAAACACACUGACAAUCUGAUUCUGACGAGAUGACAAAAUAUGUAUCCCACAAACGCCUUUGACUUCCCUCCUCCUCUCUCCCCCGCUGUUCUCCCAGAGUUUUAAUUCCCCCGAUUCCCGUCCAGUACCUCCUCCACCCAAUCACAUUUCAAAAUCCAUCCACUAUAUUUAUUGGAAACAGCCGUGUGUCACUGCUGUUUGUGAUUGUGGGUUUUAAAUUAUGUACUUCUUCCACAUAUUUGUCAGCUGUGUCUAAACAGAAAGCGAGAGAGAGAGAGGAGCAGACAGACAGAGACAGAGAGAGAGAGCUUUAUAGUAAACAGCAGAGGAGCAGGAUCGCUUGUUGACCGGCGUGGAGGAAUGUACUUCUGGUGAGAAGAGCCAGAGACGAUUAACAGCGUGGUGCUUCCGUCCCUAUAUGAACCCGCUGUUAGUCUUAAUGUGCCUUUUUUGGUGGUAUCACCAAAGAUAGCAAUCAAUAGUGAAGGUAUUUGUUUUUCUUAUUUUUACUUCAGUUAUUACAUCUGUAAAACCAAAGAGUUGAAUUUGUCAUCAUUAGAAAAAAAAACAAAGUUAUAAGCUAGUCCAAUUUUAAGACUGUUCACAGCAAGUUGAUAUUUUUUCAGUAAUAAAGUGCCUGGGAUCAAU